CCUCCAUUGCUUUCUACUCAAGCCAGCAACAUCUUUCACAAGCUAACCUCUCUUUUAUUUUUCACUAUCAAGCAGGAUCUUUACUUCACAGAGAAUCAACCAUGAUCAAUCCCAAGAGGCUCGUUGCAAUUGCAAGGAAGUGGCAGAAGUUAGCUGCCAUUGGUAAGAAGAGAAUCUCCAUGUCAAGAUCAGAUUUCACGGCAGACUGGGAAGCAUGCAAUAAAUCUACACCCAAUAAGGGACAUUUCAUCAUCUACACUGCGGAUGGAAGACGGUUUGCGAUUCCCUUGGUGUAUCACAACAGCCCCAUAUUUCAAGAGCUGUUUAAAAUGUCCGAGGAAGAGUAUGGACUACCAUGCAACGGUCCUAUCAAAAUGCCUUUCCAUGCUGUCUUCAUGGAUUACAUUGUUUCGUUGCUCCAGAUAAAGAUGCCUAAAGAUGUUGAGAAAGCUUUGCUUAUGUCCAUAGCCAAUGGUCAAUGCUCAACACAGUCCUGCCUACAUCAGCCACAUACCAAUCAAUCCCUACUUGUCCAUGCCUAUUAAACGUACGAGUCCAUGUGAGCUAUUCGUCUUUCUGACUUCUCCAUCUGUAUAUGGUCCUCACAGUUUUGAUUUAAUGUAAAAUUUUAAAUUUCAAUUUCAUUUUUAUAUUUGAAAA